AUGGCUGAUCCUGAGCUGGAAGCAAUCAGACAGAGAAGGAUGCAGGAGCUUAUGGGUCGGCGUGGCGCGGGAAAUCAACCAAACCCUGAACAGCAGAGCGCUCAGGAGGAUGCAAAGAGGGAGGCAGAGGAAAGAAGACAAAUGAUGCUUAGUCAGAUACUGUCUGCUGAGGCACGAGAAAGACUUGCUCGAAUUGCUUUGGUGAAACCAGAGAAGGCAAAAGGCGUUGAAGAUGUUAUAUUGAGAGCUGCUCAAAUGGGUCAAAUAGCCGAAAAGGUUUCUGAAGAAAGGCUCAUAACUCUGCUGGAGCAGAUUAACAGCCAAACAGCAAAGCAAACAAAAGUUACAAUACAGAGGCGUCGAAGUGUUCUCGAGGAUGAUGAUUAG